AAAAGCAAGACCGUAAUGGCGGGAGAGAAAGAAAGAAAAGAGAUUGAGACAUAAAAACGCACAUAUAUAUAUGUGACUGUAAAACAAAUGUAGACAAAUAUAUAUAAAUGUCCGUACAUGCAAUAAGUAAUACGUAUAUGGUGAAAGACCGUGUGUAUUUAUACACAAUAUGGUAUGGUGCAGUUUAAGAAAACUGGUAAACUUUGAAGACAUUUCCUAACUUAUUUUAAUCCUAGAAGAGAACUAUUUCUUCAAAAUAUUUUCUAUCUUAGAUAAAUAUUUGCUGGCAAUGAAAUUGAACUACACUGGUGUUGGCGCUGGACGUACAUUUUUUCAUGCAGUGACGUGGGUUUCAAGUGGCAUCCUGAUCCAGUGAGCAGACGACCGCGUGCGGAUUUUGGAUCCAAUGCUGGGAGAUUUAAAGAGUAACAAAAAUUUAAGAAAUAAUAAUUAUUAUUGUCAUAAGAAACUAAUAAUAAUAAUAAUAAUAGUAACCAGAUAACUAAAGUCAAUUGCUUAUCGUUGCACCUUUAAAGAAUUCAGAUUAAAAGCUGCUUUAUCUUCGUCCAUGAAAGCAGCAGCAUAUUGUAGAGUCAAGUUAAAUAUUUGAUAAGAGAAGAAACUGCAGUCUUUGACGUCAAACUGAAGAAUAAAACAUCAAGAUGAAUAUCAGUGGUAACAUCACUUUUAACAACAGUAUAAGCAGCUUCUGUCUGCCGGGCAGUACAGUUAAACAAAAAGACAUAUCACGCCUGGUGCAUAUGUUCCAGGCUCCUAGUCCAGCACCUGUCAUUGCCAUACAUGAAAUAGUCCUGAAAAUAAGUUUGUAUGUUGUAGCAUUCGUCAUGGAUAUUGUUGGUAAUGUGCUGGUUAUGUUAAUUAUCUACCUCAACAAACGUAUGCACUGCACAACCAACUAUCUUAUCAUGAAUCUGGCAAUUUCAGACAUUUUGGUUGGGUUGUUCUGUAUGUGGGUCCACAUCGGUAAUCAAAUCACUCCAGAAUGGCCGUUUGGUGAUUUGGUCUGUAAAGUCAACACAUUUAUUCAAGUGAUUGCCGUAACGUUAAGUGUUCUCAGUCUGACCACAAUAUCAGCCGACCGUUUCAUGGCUAUCGUCUUCCCGCUUCGCAGUAGAAUGUCUUCUACGAAAGCCAGUAUAGUCAUUAGUAUGAUCUGGUUUAUAUCAAUCAGUGUUGCUGCACCACAACUUAUCGUUCGCCACCAAUCUGAAUUCACUUGGGCUGACCGUCACGAGAUUUAUUGCGAUGAAGUCUGGCCAACCGUAUAUAUAAAUACCAAAUGCGAAACUGACCAGCCUGUCCGCAAGAUUUACUAUAUAAUCUUUAUACUUGUUCUAUAUUUUAUCCCCAUUCUGGUCAUGAUAGUCGCCUAUUCAAUCAUAGUGUUAACCUUGAUGAAACGCAAAGCCCCUGGUGUUGCCAUUUUGUCCACAACCUUGGCUCAAGAAAAGUCUAAGAGAAAGGUUAUAAAGAUGCUGAUCGUCGUAUUAAUUGUCUUUAUUCUUUGCUGGUCGCCUCAACAAAUACUGUUGCUAUGGGGACUCUUCCGUUCUAAGAAACAAUUCCCUGCUUAUAUUGAAACUGUUCGCUUUGUGGCGUUGUACGUGGCCUACUUAAACAGUUCUUUAAACCCAAUACUCUAUUGUGGUUUCAAUGAAAAUUUCCGAAAAGGUUUUAUAGAUGCUUUCCGUUGCAGCUUUUCCAAGAAAACUUUACGCAUCUUCCCGAUGCGGAAUAUUGAGAGAACAUCAUCAGGGAUCGGAGAAAGACAUUCUUCUAGGUGUCGCUCAAUUCAGGAGCGCCCCCAUACUGAGGUGACAAUUUCUGAAGAGACAUUAAACGAAGAUAUAUAAUUCACCACCGUAUACACACACACACACACACUCUUUCUCUCUCUCUCUCUCUCUCUCUCUCACUCUCUGUCUAUCUUUCUCUCCCUCUCUCUUUCUCUCUUUCCUCCAUACAUUGUUCGCUGUUGUGUGUCGGCUACGUAUGCAUAAGUGCAAGAGUAUUUGUGUAUGCAUAACUGUAUAUGUAAGUUGUUGUUGAUGUGUGUAUGUGUGUGUGGGUGUGUGUGUGUGUGUGCGUGCGCUUGUGUGUGUAAGUUUGCAGUCAGUUAACUUUUCUAGACGCUUGCUUCCCUGGCUUACUCUGUUUUAUAGUCAUUUUGCUGUACUCCGAUACACACACACGCACACGCACCAUCACCACCAACACUCCACACACACACACACACACACACACACACAUACACACACACACACAUAUAUAUAUAUACAUAUACAUAUGCACAUACAAAGAGGGAGAGGGCAAAAGAGAUAGUCAUGAACCUAGCAAUACUAUUUUGAUGAAGCUUAAGUGACAUGUUUAAUAUUUUAAUCGUUGAGAGUGUACAACAGAUCGAGUGGUAGUCGGGGCUAUGACUUUUUUGUCUGCCAUGAAUUAACAAAACGGG